UACAUACAUCAAUUGAACUUCACACUUGUAUUCUUCUUCUUCUUCUCCUCUCUAUAGCAUCUCCCUUCAAUGGCUUCUUUAGCUCAGUUUAUCUUUUUGUCGCUAUUUAUUUCCUUGAUUUUUCUUUCCAAUGCACAAACAACUCCUCCAUCAAAACCCAAAGCACUAGUCCUCCCAAUCACCAAAGAUCCAUCUACUCUCCAGUACCUAACCCGUCUUAACUUGGGAACUCCUUCUGUUGAAAAGGCACUAGUUGUGGACCUCGGAGGCCGCCAUUUAUGGAUAGAUUGUGAAAAUGAAUACGAGUCAUCCACUUACAGACCAGGCCUUUGUGGCUCAGCAUCAUGUUCUUUUUCUAAAGCCAUGUGCGUCAGUAAAUGCCUGACUCCUGCUAGGCCUGGUUGCCACAAUAAUACCUGCAGACUCCUCACCAAAAACCCCAUCUGGGGAACUUAUGGUAUCUCUGAAGUUGCCAUUGAUGCAGUUUCUCUCCAAUCCACAAAUGGCGCUAAGGCUGGUUCACUUGUUUCAAUUCCCAAUCUUAUUUUCGCUUGCGAAGGUUCCUCAAACCUACUCCAGCUUGCUGAUGGCGCAAAAGGAGUCCUUGGCCUUGCAAAGGAACGCGUUUCCAUUCCAACGCAGCUUUCAUCUGCAUUCGGUGGAAGUUUCCGUCGAAAAUUUGCCAUUUGCUUGCCUUCCAAGCCCAAAGCCAACGGUGUUUUGUUCUUCGGCGACUCUCCUUAUAUCUUCUAUCCAGGUUACAACACAUCAAAAGCUAUUGAUGUAUCAUCAAGAUUUAAGUACACUAAACUCCAUACCAACUAUGAAACAACCGCAUCACCAAGAGUGCAAGGAGCAAUAUUGCCAGAGUACUUUGUCAAGAUUGCGUCUAUUCUAGUUAACCAAAAAUCCAUUCCUAUCAACUCGACUUUACUUGAUUUCCAUAGAACGGGCUUCGGUGGUUCAAGAAUUACCACAGUAAUACCUUAUACAACUCUUGAGAGCUCUAUCUACAACUCUCUUGUAAAGGCGUUCGAUAAGGAAAUUCUUGCAACUGGGAAAGUUAAAAAGGUUGCAGCUGUUGAACCUUUUAAAGAUUGCUAUAACAAAGGAAACUUGGGUAUGACAUUACUUGGACUUACUGUCCCUGACAUUACAUUCGUGUUUGAGAACAAAGAUGUGAAGUGGGAAAUUUAUGGAGCUAAUUCAAUGGUGGAGAUAAGCCAUGACGUGGUAUGUUUAGGGUUGGUGGAGAGAGAUCCUGAUACAAGAUCAACAUCAAUUGACAUAGGGGCACAUCAAUUGCAAGACAAUCUUCUUCAGUUUGAUUUGGCUUCUUCUAGACUUGCAUUUACCUCCACACUUCUUUUUGAAGAAGUUGAGUGCUCCAACUUCAAAUUUUGAUCUUGGACUCAUACUUUUCUACAUUAUAUUUCUAGAAUUUGGUACAUGCAUUAUAAGAAGAAAAUGAUUAGUGAUGUUGUAGUAAGGGAAUGAUAUAUCCCUUUUUUUUUUAUCUGGUUUGCAUUUGAUUUGAAUUUAAGAGAGGAGGCUUUUAUAAUUUUUAUUUUUUU